AUGCAUUUUUUAAAUAGGAACUGGGGAGAAGGUUGGGGUAUGGUGCCUACCGACAGAGCCCUUGUCUUUGUGGAUAACCAUGAUAACCAGAGAGGACAUGGGGCUGGAGGAGCAUCCAUUCUGACAUUCUGGGAUGCUAGAAUGUAUAAAAUUGCUGUUGGAUUCAUGCUGGCUCACCCGUAUGGUUUCACACGAGUCAUGUCAAGUUACCGUUGGGAUAGACGUUUCGUGAAUGGAAAAGAUGUUAAUGAUUGGAUUGGACCACCAAAUAACAACGGUGCCAUCAAAGAAGUGACCAUUAAUGCAGAUAGCACUUGUGGAAACGGGGGGGAGGGUGAACAUCGGUGGCGGCAAAUCAGGAACAUGGUUGCCUUCAGAAAUGUAGUUAAUGGCCAGCCUUUUGCAAACUGGUGGGACAAUGGUAGCAACCAAGUAGCUUUUGGAAGAGGAAACAAAGGCUUCAUUGUCUUUAACAAUGAUGACUGGUCACUGUCAGCAAAGUUACAGACUGGUCUUCCUGCUGGCACAUACUGUGAUGUCAUUUCUGGAGACAAAAGCAAUGGCAGUUGCACAGGAAUUAAAGUCCAGGUUUCCGGGGAUGGCACAGCGCAGUUUUCCAUUAGUAACUCAGCUGAGGACCCAUUUAUUGCCAUCCAUAGCUGCUUCUGUCUUGAGCUGGCUGCACACUGCAAACAUCGCUUUCCUCAUCAGACACCCCAGGGUUCUGCCUUCUGCAACAUUCUGCCAUUUCUGUUGCAACUUUGGCUUCACAUCCCCAGCUUCAUGAAGUGUCUCCUCAGGUCUGUCUCUCAGGAACUCCAACUCUCCAUACAUAUUGUGGCCUCAGGAACUUUGAAUGGUUCUGGAAGAUUCCAUGACCUCCUCAUUCUUCCCGAUGCUUAUUAA